CCGCCGGGCCAGCGACUACAGAGGAGGCGGCCAGUUGGGCCGGCGAAAGUUAGCCAGGCGCUGAAGAGAGAGAGGAGGAGGAGGGGGAGGUCUUCCUGAGGGCUGGGAAGCGGCCGUGUUGGGCCUCCCUCUUCCCCUUCCCUCUCGGGAGCCGAGCCUUGCACCCGCGGAAAGCGAGGAAAGAUGGCUCCUUCCGAAAGCAAGACCUGUUGGGAGUGUGAGGGAAGAGGAGCAACAGUUGGACCGCUUUGCCGCCCCGCUUGGCCCUCGGCGGCGCCUUCCCUCCUCCCCCCUCGGCUUCUGCUCCUUCAAUAAUACCCCCGAACCCGGAGGGGAGGAGAGGAAGGGGCCUGAGGGAAAGUUGCUCGCCCGCCCGCCCGCCUUUGAUUGCAGGGAGUGGGCGGGGCCUGUGCUGCGGGGAAGGGAGGAAGGAGGAAGGAAGGAAGGAAGGAAGGAAGCAGGAGGAGGAGGAGGGGGCGCCCGACACAAAGCAUCCUCCUCCGCUCGGCCCCUCGCAGCCGCCUUCUCCCCCGCUGCCAUGGAGCCCAAGCACAAAGAGCUGCUGGCCCAGUGCCACCAGAGCCUGGCCCAGGCCAUGACCGAGGUGGACCAGGUGGUCGAGCUGCUGGAGGCGGCGGGCGCCCUCAGCCCCAGGGACCUGCUCCAGCUGCGGGGGGCCGGGCCCAAAGAAGGCCAAGAAGGGGAACCCGAAGCAGAGGGCCAGGGCCAGGAGGAGGGACAGGGCGGGAGGGAAAGGUCCCCCUCUUCCUCCUCCGCCGCCUCCUCCGCCGCCUCCUCCUCCUCCAAGGCCAACCUGCUCAUCCAGCUGCUCCUGGCCAAGGAUCGGGACCACUUCCAGGACCUGCGGGUGGCCCUGGAGAAGACGCAGCCCCACCUCCUCGCCAUCCUCUACCUGAACAACGCCCAGAGCGAAGAGACCGCCGGGUCUACUUACAGCGUAUUGUCCAUAAUGCCAUCAGACUCUGAAAGCAGCAGUUCUCUUAGCAGUACUGGUACAACGGGUGUGAGACCAUCAUCGCCACCUCCUGCAGUCGUGGAUGUAAGGCAGAUGAAUGAGAAACUGGAGACAAUUUUGUUUCAGCUCCGCCAAGUCACUCGUGAACGGGAUGAGUUGCGGAAGCGCCUGGCACUCUCCUCGCCUGGGUCCACCUUUGAUGACUGCAGGCCUACUCCCAAACCAAACCAUGAUUACGAACGACUGAAGAUACAGUGUAUGAAGGCAAUGUCAGACCUACAGUCUUUGCAAAACCAGCACACAAAGACACUAAAAAGAUGUGAAGAAGCUGCUAAGGAGGCUGAUUUCUAUCAUACGUUACACAGUCGUCUGCUGAGUGACCAGUCACAAUUGAAGGAGGACAUGGACACUUUGAAGCGGAAGAACAGUCAGUUGGUACGAGAGCACAAUCACCUCCAGCAGUCUUGGGAGGAAAUGAAGAGGCUUCACAAUGAGGACCAGAAAGAGAUAACAGACUUGCGCAGUCAGCAACAGCAGGUUAUGAAACAGAAUGGCUCAUCAGAGAUACUAAAUAAACUCUAUGAUACAGCGAUGGACAAGCUAGAGGGCAUGAAGAAGGAUUAUGAAACACUAAGGAAGCGGUACAAUGAGAAGAUAGCAAGCCACAAUACUGAUCUAAGCCGGUUGGAACACACGGAAGAGGAGAACAGACGUCUUCAGAAACAGAUUGACAUGUUGAUGAAACAGCGGGACACAGCAAUACAUUUCCAGCAGCAAUACUCCUCCUCUCUCAAAAGAUUUGAAUCAGUUCAGCAAGAACUCAACAAAGCCGAUUCCCAAAACAAGGAACUGGAGAGAGAGAUGGAGCGGUUGCAGACAGAAGUGACCCGGUUUAAAACUAUGCAAUUAAAAGCCGUAAAGGAUGCAGAGAAGUACAAGGAAGAGAGGGACUCUGUGUUCAGUGAGUACCGCCUCAUCAUGAGCGAGAGAGAUCAAGUUAUCAAGGAAGUAGAUAAGCUCCAAACAGAGCUGGACCUUGCAGAAUCCAAACUGAAGAAUACAUCCUCAGAGAAAAGAGUGGCUAGCGAAGAAAUGGAAGCGUUAAGACAGGAGCUGAAUUCUGCCCUAGUGGAAAGAGAUCGAGCAAUCUGUGAAAGGAAUGAACUAUUGGAAAAAUACUGCCAUGAAGUGAAAGACAAGGCUGAGGCACAGAAGGAGUUGAAUCAAGCAUGCAAGGAUAUUGAGACAGUAAAGGAAGAGAGAGAUGUGGCCAGGAAGGAAAGAACAGAAGCUAUCAUCCAGAGAGACCAUUUGCUAAGAGAAUACUACCAAGCGCGCCAGAUACAAGAUUCUGCUACACUGGAUAUAGAAAGAGCUAACAAAGAAAUUGAAAUGCUCCGAAAGCAAUAUGAGGCAAUGUCACAAGAGUUAAAAGAAGCUGUUCAGGAAGCUGAAGUAGCAAAAUGCAGGAGAGACUGGGCCUUCCAGGAACGUGACAAGAUUGUUGCAGAACGAGAGAGUAUACGGACUCUGUGUGAUAACCUAAGGCGGGAGAGAGACCGAGCAGUGAGUACCCUGGCAGAGGCUCUUCGCAAUCUGGAUGAUAUGAGAAAACAGAAGAAUGACGCUGUGCGUGAACUGAAAGAACUGAAAGAGAAGAUGGAGAAUCAGUUGGAGAAGGAAGCAAGGUUUCGGCAGUUGAUGGCCCACAGUUCUCAUGAUUCAGCCAUUGAUACAGAUUCUCUGGAGUGGGAAACGGAAGUGGUUGAAUUUGAGAAAGAUCGGGAAGAUAUGGAUUUGAAAGCCCUUGGUUUUGAUGUAGCCGAAGGGGUGAACGAGCCAUAUCUUCCUGGGGACUGCGGAAUAUUUGUGACCAAAGUGGACAAAGGAAGUAUUGCAGAUGGUCGAUUAAGAGUGAAUGAUUGGCUUCUGAAGAUAAAUGAUGUGGACCUGACCAACAAGGACAAGAAGCAAGUAAUAAAGGCAGUACUUAAUGGUGGAGGAGUUAUUAAUAUGGUUGUUCGCAGAAGGAAAUCUUUAGGAGGGAAGGUGAUAACACCGCUACACAUAAAUCUUUCUGGCCAUAAAGAUAGUGGAAUUGGCCUGGAAAAUGGAGUAUUGGUUGCUACCAUAGUGCCUGGUAGCCCAGCUGCCAAAGAGGGAUCCCUCACAGUAGGAGAUAGGAUAAUUGCCAUAAAUGGCAUUGCACUUGAUAAUAAAUCACUGACUGAAUGUGAAGCUUUGCUGCGAAACUGCAGGGAGUCUCUUACUCUUUCAUUGAUGAAGGUUUUUCCUCAGAGCUCAAGCUCAUCAUGGAGUGGUCAAAACAUAUUUGAAAAUCUCAAGGAUUCUGAGAAAAUAUCGAACUGUAGGGUUCAUGGGACUGAAGUACAAGCCCAGAAUAAAAGAAAUCUAAAACUUAACAGCUCAACCCAAACUGACAUUUUCAAUCCUGACAUAAUGGAUGUCAAGAAGGACCAGAGUGACCAAGAGGGCAGUGGUUUGUUUUGUGAUCUCAAGCAGUUCUCCAGCAAUGUUCUACACACAAGCUCUCACCGGAACACAGUCCACGGGUUCCAUAGUAGCUCUGAGCACAGCCUUGGCUCCUUUAAUCCAGAUGUGUAUGGAGAGCCCAGCUAUGGUAUUGUUAACAUGGACAGCAGGAGGCUACCAUUUGAAUCCACAGUUGCAGAUUGCAUGAUGGUGGAGAGCACUUUAGACAAAGGGCAUGGAGGGAAACACAGUGGUGGCACCUGGCCUAAAGUGGUGGUCAACAUUGCUGCAGUAGAAACAGAGAAGUUCUCUGUCUACAAAAAGCCGAAACAAAGAAAGUCUAUCUUUGAUCCUGACACUUUCAAAAGACCUCUUACCCCACCCAAAAUGGAUUUUCUGUGUCCCAGCCAGAUAUUGGGAUAUUCACCCCAGUCCUCCAAAACUGAAGCCAUAUCCACUCCACCUACACCUCCUAAGAGAAGUGAUUCUAUUAAGUUUAAACACAAACAGCAGGCAAGUGCUGCCUGUGAGUCUACAGUCAUCACAGGCUCCCCACCUCCCAGCCCAGCAACGGUUCCACCUCCUGUUUCAAUCGAACUCAAGCCAGAUAGUGGCAUUCACAAGACACAAGGAAGAUCUGGACAUUAUUACAGGGAGGAAAGUGUGGAUGCUGCACAUUUGCCUUCAAGGAAAUCCUGUGAAGACGACAUUGGUUUUCAAAGAAUAGAAGAGCCAGAGAUUAAGAGACCAAGGCCCAAAUCUGCUCCUGCGUUGAGACAUAAGCUAACCCCUGUGGUCAUUCCGAAUCCAUCUCAUCAGGUACAAAAAUACACUCCAGCAAGUGAUGAGCAUCUUUCUCCUGAGCUACAGGAAUGGCCAGCAUAUUCCCCCAAACGGUCUAGUAGGCAUAGUGAUGGGUUCGUACCUGCCUCUUUAUACCCUGGAAGCCUGUCUGCAGGUACGGUGCCAAGGAACAUCACACCAUGUCCUGCAGUAACUGCUGUUCUUAGGAAUCCUGUUUAUACUGCUUGGAGCCAUAGGGUUAGCACCACCAAUUGUCCUUCUGUUGCCAGCCAGUAUUGCCAUCAGCAUCAUCAUCCCAGUGCUCAGCACCAAGGUCGCCUGAGUCUGGACUUGAGCCACAAGCACUCCAGUGAGUGUUCUGAAAACACACGCACAAGAUCAUCACAUGGCUCAAAUUCACUACCAUCUAGUGCAAGACUUGUAGGUUCUUCCAGCAACUUGCAAUAUAGAACGGAGCGAAUAAAAAUACCUUUGACGCCGAGAUAUCCAAGGUCCAUAAUUGGCUCUGAUAGGGGUUCAUUAUCACACUCUGAAUGUAGCAGCCCAGGCCUGAUAACUCCUCCACAGUCACCACUAAACUUGGAGACCUCAUCGUUUGCCAGUAGCCAGUCACAGAGUUCACUUUCUACAAUGCCCAGGAUCUCAGUGAGUCCAGUAUCAAUAGGACAACGUCGAAAAGACAAAUAUUUGUUCCGUAAUAGGUCUUUUCUGAGAAUCCCUGUGGCUCCUAGGCCAAGGUUCUGUUCACUAAGGAGUUUGAGGCCAUAUAUGGAAGAACCACGUCAUGUGAAAGUACAGAAGGGCUCUGAACCACUUGGUAUCUCGAUUGUAUGUGGUGAAAACGGUGGAAUAUUUGUAUCAAAAGUGACGGGUGGCAGCAUCGCUCAUCAGGCUGGCCUGGAAUAUGGUGACCAGUUAUUAGAGUUCAAUGGAAUAAACCUGCGGAAUGCUACAGAGCAACAGGCACGGCUGAUUAUUGGGCAGCAGUGUGACACCAUAACUAUUCUGGCACAGUACAACCCACACAUGUUCCAGCUGGGGAAUCACUCACGAUCAAGUUCUCGACUAGAACCUGUGAGCAGUCAUUCCACUCCACAAGGCAGUGGUGCCGCCACUCCUGACAGUCAUUCCAUAAUUGACACUGUGAGCGAACAGGAUGAAGGGACCAUGACGCCCCCAUCCAAGCAAACCACUCCAACAACCAGUCCCUGUAACUCAAUGCGCAAUUCUAUGGAUGCAACCAAGAGGCCCCCUGAACCUAGGACUGUUACCCUAAAGAAGUCUCAAGUGGAACUUGGAAUUCAAAUCUGCGGUGGAAAUCUAUAUGGCAUAUUUGUGUCUGAUGUUGAAGAUGACAGCCCUGCCAAAGGCCCUGAUGGAUUGGUGCUAGGAGACGUGAUACUUGAGUAUGGUUCUGUUGACAUGCGGAAUAAAACAGCAGAGGAAGCAUAUCUUGAAAUGCUUAAGCCGUGUGAAAAUGUUAGAAUAAAAGCUCAGUAUAGAGUGGAAGAAUUUAACAAGAUCAAAGAUUUACCUGGAGACGGAUUCUAUGUCAGGGCACUUUAUGACCGUCUGGCAGAAGUAGAGCAGGACUUGAGCUUUAAGAAAGAUGACAUUUUAUAUGUGGAUGACACUCUCCCACAGGGGAACUUUGGUGGCUGGAUGGCAUGGCAGCUGGAUGAGAAUGCCCAAAAGUUGGAAAGAGGACAGAUUCCCAGCAAAUACAUGAUGGAACAAGAAUUCUACAGGAGGCACAGCAUGUCUGAAACAAAAGAUGAUAACAGCUCCACAAAGACUUCAUCAGCAGCAGCUCGAAGAUCAUUCUUUAGAAGAAGGCAUAAACACAAACGCAGUGGAUCUAAAGAUGGAAAGGAUCUGCUGGCCCUUGAUACCAUCAGCACUGACUCCAUUCCCUUCUUAGAUGACACUGUAAGCCUUGCUUAUCAACGAGUCCAGAAAGUAGAUUGUACAUCUCCCAGGCCUGUGCUCAUUCUUGGGCCAUUACUGGAUGCUGUGAAGGACAUGCUGGUCAAGGAAUCUCCAGGAAAAUUCUGCAGAUGUCCUCUUGAGGUGAUGAAAGCUUCUCAACAAGCCAUUGAGCGGGGUGUGAAAGACUGUCUAUUCAUAGAUUAUAAACGUAGGAGUGGACAUUUUGACGUGACAACUGUUGCCUCAAUAAAGGAGAUAACGGAGAAGGACUGUCACUGUCUCUUGGAUAUCGCUCCCCAUGCCAUUGAGCGGCUCCACAGCAUUCACAUUUAUCCAAUUGUCAUCUUCAUUCGAUACAAAAAUGCCAAGCAGAUCAAAGAGCAAAAGGAUCCUAUCUUCCUGAGGGACAAAGUUACACAGAAACAUUCCAAAGAACAAUUUGAAGCGGCUCAAAAAAUAGAGCAGGAAUAUAGCAAGUAUUUUACAGGGGUUGUCCAGGGCGGCCCACUUUCAACCAUUUGCACUCAGAUCAUGACGAUGGUUGAUCAAGAACAAAACAAAGUCCUGUGGAUCCCAGCCGGGCCUCUAUAAACACAUGCUGUGAAAAGACUGAAGCUCUAAGACAGAUUGUACAUAAACCAUGGAUAAGGUUUUCUGGUCCCUUAAUGGCUGCCUGUAUACUGGCUGCAAACAAGAGUUCUUCAUGAGCGAGGUGGUCCUGGAAACCAACAAGCGUAUCACUGACAGGAAUUGCUUGCAGUACAAAAAUGGACAAAUACAGAAUUUCCUUUUUACCUGAGAAGACUUUGCGAUACUGCAAAAACAGAGAGGGGGAAAGAAAAAGAAAGGAAGGAAGAAGAGAAAACUUUUUAGGAUACGUUUACACCCCCCCCCCCCCCACAAAGUACUUGGUGGUUCUUGUUUACUUGAAUAUAUUUUUUUAACUAUCUGGGUUCUUUCCUUUCCCUCCCACCUCUUUCUUCUCUGAUACAAAAACAAGAGUGGAGUUUUGAGAUGCUGAGUGAGAAUGACUUUGACAUGAAGUGUGGUUCUUUCUAUCCUUUGGUGUUUAGAAUAAACACAUGAAUUGUGAAUGGUUUUCUCAUAGGUACUUGUGUCUUGGAGUGAAUUUGGGGGCAGGGGGGAUGGAGGGAGAAGCACUUCUCCAGCACAUGGGUCAGGCCACUGUUUGUGUUGCAUAAACUCUUUUGUCACUUAAAAGUUGUUGCUUCUUUUGUGCAUGAAUUUAAUAAUUAAAUGUCACAAUGUAUCCAAUCAAACUGUGCUACUUUGUGUAUUCAAAAUACUAAUAAUGAUAAUUUUGAGUUGCUGGGCCUGCGUUUAGCAGGGAAUCAGAAGGGGUUCAUAGCUAGACCCAGAUUGCUUUAUUACAUGUAGACAGUCUAUGUAAUUGGACGCUUAUGUUUCUCAAGCUUUGUUCUUUGGAGUGUAAUAGCCAUAGGGUUUUUUUAAAAGAAAAAUAAUAAUAAUUAGAAGCACAGCCUAGGUUCUUGGAACUGGGCAACAUUUAGAGUGAUCUCAUAACUGUUAGUCAUGUCAUUGUUCUACAGAUGAUAGUAUGUGUUUUUUUUUUUGUUUAUAUAUAUAUUUUAUUACGAUUUAUAUUUCCUGCUGUACCAAAUUCCAUUGUAUUUUUUCCCCUUUUUUGCACUUCUGGUAUCAUUUUUCCAACUGUAUGUUUUUUUAUUUUCCUUUCAAAAAUGCAUGUCAUGUUUUGUAGGUACUGUAACUUUAUUGUUAAAACUUCAUUUGAAUAGGGUUGCAUUUGCGAUAACUGUUCCUAACAUUUCAUUAUAUAGUUUUUUCCCCCUUUGGCCCUUCUGUUUUUAUUUUGUCUUCUUUUUUUAUUUGCAUUAAUUAAAAAGGGAUUCUUCUUGCACAGUUGUUCUAUGACAGAAUUGGUUUGGAAAUGUUAAUCUCUGUUUUGCAGAUACUAUUUUAUAGUUCGAAAUAUGAGAGAGAGAGAAGAAAAAUGUAGAAAGGCUAUUGAUAAAUUCUUAGUUGAAAUACUGUUUAUAAGUUGAGGAACAGCAGUUAUAUAUUUUUUUCAAAGAGGGAGGGCAGAGUGGGACUUCAGCGGUACAAUUGAAAAAACCUGGUACUGUUGCAACAUUAAAUUUUCUGUACUAAAAAAGUCACUUUGUAUCAAAAAUGAAAAAGAAUUAAAGAAACGGAGUAUUGUGUUAAAUAAAGGUCAAUUUCUAUAA